GCUUGGCGUAAUGUGUAUUCAAUAUGUAGUAGUGUUCACCAAAGAUGGAAACUUUUAAAAGUUUUUGGAUAACAAUCGUAGUGGUUUUGAGUUUCGGAGUUGCAGUAGUGGCAGGCCAAAAUGGACUGUUGAGUGCUCGCUGUGCCGCGCGAUGUCUUACUGAACAUAAGGACAGUUUACGAAAGGGUUCUGACCGCAACAACCACAGAAAAUUCAUGAUUGACCGAUGUAAAAACCACCACCAGUGUUAUCAGUGUAUGAAGCCAUGCGCAGUCACAGAAAAUGAAUUAAAAAAGCACAAUUGUAACAGUUUCUGCGAGGCCAGUGAGACGGAGUGUCAGAGCUCGUGUGAGUUCCUUCACUACACAUACCUUUACAAGCCGGGGGAUUGUCCCCGCCCCGAGUCAGCUGCAGGGUUCGAGGCCGUAUGUCUGGCAUCAUGUCGCGCAGACAGCGACUGCCCGGAGGAGACCAAGUGUUGUCCAAACCUGUGUGGAUAUGUCUGCCGGAAACCAGACUUCUCCAAGCAUCCCCUCCCACCUGUUCCAAUGAACCUGAUGUUUGAAGAGCGUCGUCAAGGGAGGUCACUCUAUGUGAGCUGGGACGUUUCCCGCGGGUCGGGGGCAUUUCCCAGUGACAGUGACAGUCCUCAAGGGUCUAGUAUGGUACCAAGUGAUGAUUUUGUGAAGUCACCUACUGGUGGUUCCCAGCAUCUGGUGCCGGCAAUCAGAGCUGGUUCCCGUAGGCGAAGUCCAGUACCCAGCGUUGAAGUGUUUGUACUGGAGAGAAUGAACACAACCAGUCUGCGUCCUGUCUGGCCAGAUGACCACCCCUGGACAGUCACUGCCAUUACACUUCAAUCGAGCCAUCUGCUGUCCCCGAUGCAUGCAGGUCACUGGUACAAGUUCCGUGUCGCCAUGGUAACACCCAGUGGUUCCCGUGGUUACUCCCAGCCCUCCACACCAUUCAAGUCCUCCAGACGUGUGGGUAAGGCCAUGCCCCCCCAGAACAUCACAGAGGGGGCAACCACACUGAGGAAGGGACUGGUGGACGUCACAAUACACUGGGCCCCUCCACGAUACUCGGACCUGCCUGUUUGGAGAUACUGUGUGACCUGGAGUGAGCGUUUAAAUCGAGUCAGCCCUAUCCUGAUACGUAUCCCAGUUCUUGAGAAAGUACUCCCGGGGAAUGUUUUAGAGUUCAAGUUAAAGAAGUUGAAGCCAGGGACCACGUACCAUAUUCAGAUUGAAGCAAUAGUGAAGAUGGGUAAUCGAGAGUUGACAAGCAACAAGGCUUCCAAGUACAUCACUACCUAUGCCCCACCCAACAUGAAACAAGAUCAAACUGAAUUGUAUUCGGUUGGUCAGUCAGCCAGUUUUGUUGACGAUAAUUCAGACCACAGUGAGCAAGUGUAUGGGCUAUAUGCUGAUAUCGUCCAGGUAGAGGGACUGACCGUUGUGGAUGACCAGCCUUAUUUUGACCGUGGCUCACUUAAAGCUCAGCUUAAGUGGCAGGUUGGGGAAGAUUUCCGUACGCUGGUGAAGAGUUUUAUGAUAUUCUGGAUCCCUCGAUCAUGUGACCAGGAGUAUGCAGUGCCUAAGCCAUACUCCGCUACCUCAGAUGUGCCAAGUUUUGAGAUCUACGACCUCCAAUACGAGUGCCAGUACAUGGUUCGUGUAAGUGCUGUGACCAAGUCAGGGGUGCAGGGAAAACCUGCGGAGAUACGACUACGCACGCCAAUCUGUGGCAAAAUACACGUCAAGGGAAACAGUCUGCCGCCAGAAUGUCCUGAUAGAGUGUCCCAAGUCCCCAACAGCCCGCGGCAGGUGAAGCCAAGUAUCAAGAAGCGAAACUGUUCUGUGGACAUCGAGUUGUCAUGGAAACACCCACGCUCUGAUGCACCAAUAGCCUCCUACCUCAUAACCUACGAGAUGACAGAUGACUUUAAAACUCUCCGUGUCAACACAGACGGGGCUGUGUAUAAACAAAGACCCCGCGAGAUUACACUGAAAAAGGUUCGUAAGCAUGUGAUACAUGGACUGCGGCCAGGCGAGGUCUACGUUAUCAAGGUCCACGCUGUCUCCCCCGUCGGUGUUGGCACGCCUGCCUUCGUGGAAAUAUUAACACCCCGUAUACUACCCUGCGGCUCAGAUAAAGACCCAGAACCCCCGGACAAACCCCUAUCCACCCAGCCACCGCCAGUAUUUAAUGUUACUGUAUAUAGCUCAACAGAGGGCAGCACCAAUCUCAUCUCCAGGGAAACUGUUACUAUGAAUAGAAACUCUAUAAAUAGCACUAUGCAAUACUCUACAAUACCAAAAAAUGUCUCAGAGAUUGUCCACAUUGAUAUAUUUAGAAGAUUUUAUUACAUGUUUUAUUUUUUCUCAGUGUUAUUUUCAAAUUCUUGACACAGGGUUGUUUAAUGCUUAAUAAUAUGUCUAAAUUAAUGUAUGUAAUGACAAUGUGAUGUAUAUGUUUUGUAAUGUGAUAUAGAUUGACUUAAUUUUGAUGAUGUAUACAUAUGUAUGGGAUCAAAUUCAAAUAGGGCAAGUUUUGACAAUAAUAUACUUUAAUGGUAUAGAAAUAAAAAAUGACUAUGUAUUUCUGAAGGUAAUGCACCAGUCAACUGUAACCUCGGCUCCCCCAGGUCGAGGAUACCGGGGACUUUGACUUUAGGUCCAGCCAAGCAUUGGUAAAAUGCCUGCCCUGCGGGGACGAACUGCUGGUAAAAUCUCUGCCAAAUGCCUCCACACCCCAGGAACCCUAGGCAAGGCGCAUUUCCCACUAUUUUUGGUGUGAAGACAAAACCAUGGCAUUGACCCGGCACUGCGGGGCACCUGGAAGGUAAAACAGGGCUCAUUUCCCCGGCUAUCCCCGGUAUACCCCCAGACCUGGGGGAGCCGUGGUAACAAUUGACUGGAGCAUAAAUGACUGUGUAUUUAUUUUUUUAGAAAACAGACAGUAUUAUAUAUACUGAAGGAAAACUGACUGUAUAUAGUCAUGUAUUUCUGAGGGAAACAAACUGUCUUUUUCUGAGGGAUUCUGGCUGUGUAUUUCUGUAAAUUUUAUUGAUACUGUGUAUCAUGCAGCUUUUAUGGACAUAUAUUUCUAACUUGAGGGAGUUCCUAAUUCCCUAGUGCCAAGCCUCUAUUGUAAGAUCUUAAACUGCACCCUAAACCUGAUUCUUUGGGUCAAAGGUCGUAGACCACUUGAUAUUCUAAGUUGAGGACAUUGAGGAACACAGAUUUAAUCACAUUAAAAAUUAACCUCAGAGGAACGUGUGAUAGAACUAUGCCCAAUGGUCAUAAAGGGCUUUGUAAUUAAGCUGCAUUCUCACAGAUUGAUCAUUUUAACUACUUUUUUUUAUUUCUUGUUUUGCAAUGAGCCAAUUUUUGUGUAAAUGUCUAAAAACCAGUGAUAUAAGAAGGCUGACUAAAAACUAGAUCACAGUUUUUCAUGUUUAUGAUCGAAAAAUGAUGUUUUAUGGCUAAAAGCAUUCCUAACGCAUAAAGAAAAUGAAAUUUUCGAGCGAUUUUGAAUAGAUGUGAUCUGUUCUAUUGUAAGUAAUCUUUUAUGACUGACUUUAAGGCGUUGAUGCCAAAUCAGCUGAUUCUGAGUAAAAAGUAUUUAAAAUGUCAAAACUAUUAAUCUGUGCUUGUGCAACUUAAAGAUGCAGCCUGUGACUUCUUUCAAUAAAAAAAGAAAGAAAUAUUUUUCAUACCAUAUACAUUUAUAUUUUUAUAUAUUUUUUAGUUCAUCCUUUAGUUUAGAAAAAAACUUGAGGUAUUGUCAUAUCCUUGAUGUAGUUGUUGUCGUCAGGGGCAACUUCAGCCUCAUCACUGUGCAUAAACUUCUUCUUUGCCAUAACUAAUAAGGCGUUAAUGAUAUGCAAAUGAAACUUGGUAUAAACAUGUCAACAGAGACAGUUUGAACAUUUAUGCCAAUACCCGUAACUCUGGCUUUAAUAAUUGACAACAGUUUACUGAUGCCCAAGUUAUGCCCCUUGUUUCACUGAAAAAUCAGACAAUUGUGGGCAUUCCCUCUGCAGCGCUGUUGUUUUUCAUGAAAAAAUAUGUUGUGGUUUUUUUUAAAUGUCUAAGCUUAUGACAAUUAUGUCUCGGAACAAGGGAAGUUAUCAAAUGUUAUUACAAAAUAUUAUUACAAAAUCAUUAUUACAAAAUAUUUAUUGCAAAAACAUUAUUACAAAAUAUUACUGGUAUUGCAAAAACAUAAGUACAAAAUAUUAUUGCAAAAACAUUAUUACAAAAUAUUAAUACAAAAUAUUAAUACAAAAUAUUUAGUCAAAAACAUUAUUACAAAAUAUUAUUGCAAAAACUUUAUUACAAAUGUUAUUUCAAAAAACAUUAUUACAAAAUAUUAUUGCAAAAACAUUAUUACAAACAUUAUUACAAAAUAUUAUUGCAAAAACAUGAUUCCAAAUAUUAUUACAAAAUAUAAAUACAAAAACAUUAUUACAAAAUAUCAUUAGGGUAGCAAUAACAAUGUAAAAAAAUAAUUUCAUGCGGUAUAUUAAAGUGAUAUGUCAUUUUAAAGGUUACAUCAUUACAAACUCAAAUAUGCACAUUUUUUUUAAAAUCCACCAAUUUUUGACAGAAUUAUGGCCCUUUUAAUUUUACAUUUUUAUCAAUUUUUCUGCCAAAAUAGGUCAAAUUCAAAACUUCGGAAUGUAAAUGAAAUAAAUAAUGUAAAACAACACAUUUUGUUAAUUUUCUAUAAAUUUAAUACACAUUCCUAAAUAUCAGAACUUAAACAAUGUUUUAAGCAAAUUAUUUCACGUUAAAAAAAUGAUGAAAAAACGUCCAUUUUUAAGAAAUUUUAAAAAUGCCGUAUAUUUUGAAGAAUGAGCUAGCAAAAAGGUAAAAGUCAAAGAACAUUUACAUUCUUCCAUUCACUGCUUGACUGUUGCAUUUUUACUAUUAAUAGUAUUAUAAAAAGGAAGAUUAAAGGCAAACAAAAAAUUAGUUGCCAUGGUAACCAUUCAAUAAAAAUACAAAAAAAAUGCUUUAAACAUCUUUUUUUGUUAAAAAGGAGAAGUAUGUAUAUCUUGCAUUGAUUUGCCUGACAAUUGUAAAAAAGGUGAACUUCAACCCAUCUAGCAAUUCUAAAUAUUUCAAUAUAAGUAUGAGAUUGUCAGCAAUUUUCAAGGUAAAUUAUAAAUAUAAUUGUAUACAAAGUAUGACCAAAUGAAUAAAAAAUAACAGAAAUAUUUCACUGACUGAAGCGGACAUGCUAAAAAAGUAUCACAUUGAAAAUACUAAGGUUUUCAGACAACAAUUACAGUUUCCUAAGAAAACUAGACUCUAGUUACCAUGCCAAUUGUUUAAAGUGACACUCUUAUUCAAUAUCAAUGCAUACACAUGUAUAACAAACAUAUACUUUGACUGUAAACCCUUUAACAACUUACUUAAUAAUUUAUCUAUGGAAAAUAUUUAGUACUGAUAACAAGAUUGUAACCGUGUAUUUAAUAGCUGAAAACGCAAAAAUAUUAAAUGAUUGGUGAAUGCUUAAAGAUUUACUGUGAUCUACUAUGAUCUCAAAUGGUAGAAAUACUGUCUUUUAUGCACAUUUCCUUCCAGUAAAAAUAGGUAUCCUUCAUUAGAACCAUUGUUUUCAACAUUUAGUCAUCCUUUUUGGAAUAAUAAAACAUAAGUAUUAAUUGUGGUAAAUCUUAUGUGUGAGUAAGAGUGCAUCUUUAAAAAAACUGACUUUUUUUUUAAAUUGACAUGGAAACUAUAAACACGAAUAAUACCGGUUACUGUUUAAUCACUCAAAAAAUGAAAGAACUGUUCAUGCUGUACAGGGGUAUUUGAAAGUGUAAAAAAGGAUGUUAUGUUGUUAUUGCUAAUUUAGGGUAGAAUACCAGUGUUACCUUAAGCUUCAACUUAAUUAUUAAGUAUUUUUAUUUAUACUUAUUCUGUAUAUAUAUAUAUAUUAUGGACAAACAGAGUAGCUUGUUAAAGUGACUAUGGUAAUAUUUUGAUUCCUAAGGAAUCCAGUCGAGGCCAAAUAUUUGAUUUUGUUUUAGACUUUUUUGCACCCACAAAAUGAUGAAUGCUUGUCUUAUUGUUAUUUUUUAACAAGUCUGUAAAAUAAGCGGUUUAAUCUUAUCUUCAGCAAAUAACUUGUUGUAAUUUUUUUUAAGAGUUAUUUAAAUCAGUUCAACAAUGUACCAUUCAACUUUGUUUAUGUGCGACAAUUAAUGUAUAACUCUUGUAAUUAGCAAUUUGAGUGUAUUAAGAAAUGUAUUUCUCAGAAUAUUGAGUGAAUUGUUCAGACCUUUAUUGAAGUUAAAAAAAUUGUAAAUAGCAUUGUUGCUUACUUUUUAGUGUGAAAUAUUUUAUGAUGUGCUCAAAUAUUUAAAUAAAAGACUUAGGGCAUCCGAAACUGUUGCCUCAAAACUUGUAUAAUCAACUGCAGAUCUAUAUGAUUUAUAAAAAGCUUUUUUUACUUUCUUCUUUUUUUUGUCAAAAAUUUAAAGGCAAAAAUGAACAGAUGAAGAAAUGUAGAAAAUUUAACAUUAGAGAGGUUUGGAAACACUAUGUGGACAGCUAACUACAGCUAAAUUCCAGAACUCACGAGGUCUCAAAAUCAGACACAAUUUGUCAGUGAAUACCAAGAUGUGUUUAUUGCAGCAACAGACAGUUUUUAGAGUUUAGAACUAUGCCAAUAUUAAAACAUAGUAUACCCGUAUAUAGUUAAAAGGUUGGGCUACAUAUGAAAAGGAGAUACAAUGUACAUAUUAUAUGAAAACAAUUAUUGAUUUCAGCCACUGGAGCCAGUACAUAAAAACAAUUUUUCAUUGUUAAAUGCCAGACGUCCGUCCGUCCAUUACCAUUAGGGCAAGCUUGUUUUCUCUCAAUAUUUUUCUCUCAAUAUCAUAAGCAUAACCCCCCCCACACACACACACACACACACACACACAAACACACACCAAAAAAAAUGUUUGUUUCCAGUUUACACCAGACCCUAGAUUUGUAAUUGUUAUCAGACAAAUUUGUACUGACUUGUGUUGUGUUUUCCUUUUGGAAUAUAUUUUUUAUAUUUUUUGCAUGGGAAAUAAUCUUGACAAAAUUUUGACUUUACCAUAUAUUUUUGGGCAGUGAAACCGUAAACACAUUUUUUGGAGGCCUUUAUUUUUUCACAAAUUUGUUCUGUGAACUACAGCAUGGUUUAAAAUACGCAACAUAGGAUUUUUCAUACAUUUUGCUCAUCUGUUUUUCAGACUUUUUUUUAAUUCUAACAUUGAAAGUGUUUCAAUAUUAUUAUAUACAUAUAUAUUAUAUUUUCAUUAAUGGAAUGGAUUAAUUUUUUUUUGUCAUUUAUGCAAUUGCUUUUCUGAAUAUGAUUUUUAUCUCAGACUUGUGCCCAGUCUACAUUCAAAUGUGAGACCAGUCUACAUUCAAAUGUGUGCCCAGUCUACAUUCAAAUGUGAGACCAGUCUACAUUCAAAUGUGUGCCCAGUCUAUAUUCAAAUGUGAGACCAGUCUACAUUCAAAUGUGUGCCCAGUCUACAUUCAAAUGUGAGACCAGUCUACAUUCAAAUGUGAGACCAGUCUACAUUCAAAUGUGUGCCCAGUCUACACUCAGAUUCGAGACCACUGUACUCCACUGAAUACAAUAACUCAACCUCUGUUUACAAUGGUGCUAUAAGCUAUUGAUGUCUUAUUAUUAUUGCAUAAUGUUUGUGUUUUACAUGGAUUAUAAGUCAUGAAAUGGCAUUACCUGUGCAUUCAUGUAAUCAUUUGCCAUAUUGUUAAGUAUUUGUAUUGUUAUAUUAUGUUUACCAAAAUAUGCCAAAUAUAAGCCAAUAAAUAUUAAAAUUG